AUGGCCACCUCGACCACCGCCGCCCCGUCCUCACCCCCUCCUCCUCAUUCCGCAGACAGUAAGCAGUCUGAUGGCCCCGAAGUACCACCGUCUUCGCAGCCGCACGAGGAGGCCAGCCCCGACGCAAAGGGGAAGGGCAAGGACAUCGACCCUGAGCCCCAGGCCGGGGACAGCUCUGCUUCUCCAUCCGACUCUGCUGGUUCUCCCACCCCUGCUGCCUCCUCAUCGACGACGCCAGCACCCGCAGCGCCCGCAGUGACAGCCAGCGCGGGCGACUGGCAGGCGAUCUUUUCGCCCGCACACAACGCGUACUACUUCUACAACACACAGACGCAAGAGACGACAUGGACGAAUCCGCUCCAGCCCGCGCCUCCAGCCGGUGCGUCCGCUGACCCCUCCGCCCCAGGCUCCUCCGCGUUGCCGGUCUCGGCGUCGGCGCCAGCAAUCGCCGCGAUGUACGACCUCCAGGCCGCUGCGGCUGCCCAGGGCAUCGACCCCGCGCUCGCACACCUCGACCCGUCGCUCGCCGCAGGCCCGUCCAACCCCGCAGCGUUCACGUAUACGGCCAAGUUCAAUGCACGCACGGGGACAUUCGCCCGCCCGGAUGGCCGUGACCCGUCGCACUUGUCCGAGUAUGAACGGGCGAAGCGGAUGAGCGAGUUCUACUUUGACGUCAACGCUUGGGAGCAGGAGGUAGAGGCACGCAAGCUUGAGGAAGCACACGAAGAGGAGAGUAAGAAGCGGAAGAGGCCAACGAAAAAGGACCUGGAGCGGUUCAAAGAACAGAAAAAACAGAAGAAGAUCGCGAAAACCGCUUGGUUGCGUACAUGA